AAUCGUUGCUAACUUCCAAACACUCUUGGCCCCAGUGCCCAACUGCCCGCUCGAAAUUAGCACGACAACUUGACCGCUUGAGCAGGUUAGCACCUCUAUUUUCCUUCUAUGCGCUGCGCUCUGUGCUCGCCACGCGUUUUUCCACACUUUCUGCACCUCCGCCGCAAAUCAUCACCGGACCACCGGAGACCACCUAACGCUGCCGCAGAUUUUAUUUCUUAAUAGCACAUAUCAAUGGAAUUCUUCUUUGGGCCACUGAAGGAAAAGAAUGCUGGUUGCUCCCUCAGUGAGCAGAACAUUCAAAAAUGCCCAUUCUUGAGGAACAUUGAUAAACCAACGAACUUUUCCUUCGUCUCUUCUCUGAAUUUCCCUCUUCCAGAAAAGGGAAAGAAAGGUCCCAUUUUUGAAGAUGGCCCCAACUUUGAUAUGGCCUUUAAGUUCUUCCAUGGAAAAGAUGGAGUUGUUCCACUGUCUGGAAGAUCUGAACGUCUAAAAGACCACCUGGAAGCUGAUCCAACUCCUUGUUUUAAUCCUUUAGCUGCAAAAGCGGCCACAAUAAGCUUGUCAGCAUUUGGACCAGGAGGCCCUUUUAGUUUUAAUCAUUUUUCUGAGAAGUGGAACUUGCAGAAAAAGAAGUCUGACUCUAAGAAGAGAGAGUCUAAACCUAAGGGUGAUUCAUCGAAACACGAGGCAAUGGGGAACGAGUGGUUGGAAGCAGGGAACUGCCCUAUUGCUAAAUCUUACAGAGCUGUGAGCCAUGUCCUCCCACUUAUUGCAACUGCUCUUCAACCGCCUGCAGGAAUGAAGCUUAAAUGUCCAGCUGCAGUAAUUGCAGCGAGAGCUGCCCUUGCAAGGACCGCCCUGGUUAAGAACCUGCGACCACAGCCCUUAUCUUCAAAGAUGCUUGCCAUUGGAGCCUUGGGUAUGGCUGCUAACAUUCCACUGGGAGUGUGGAGAGAGCACACCGAGAAGUUUUCACCAUCGUGGUUUGUGGCUGUGCAUGCUGCUGUCCCGUUCAUAGCCAUGCUGAGGAAGUCCGUUGUGAUGCCCAAGACCGCUAUGGCCCUAACUAUCGCUGCUUCUAUAUUGGGGCAGGUGAUUGGCUCAAGGGCAGAGCGACUUCGACUGAAAGCAAAAGCCGAACAGUCUUCUCCUCCCGCUCCCACCAGUGUUGUUGCAGGUUCUAACCAAAUCCAGGUUAAUUGUGGCAAACAAGAGAUGAAUAAAAACCAGUUUUCAUGCGACGCUGACAAGCCGUCCGUCUCUCCAGCCAAUGUGUGUUUCUAGAGGAACAUGACACGUUGAAGGUAUUGUAGAAUCCUUAAUGCAAGGAUUCUGACAGUGAGAAUAAUGGAUUCAAAUUAAGGUAUUUAUAUCAAUAUGAUGGUGUUGUGUGUAAACACUUAUAUCACUACAAGAAAUUUCACAUUUAAUGA